AUGUAUCGCUCCACCAAGGGCGCCUCCAAGGCGCGCCGCGACCAGAUCAACGCCGAGAUCCGGAACCUCAAGGAGCUGCUGCCGCUGGCCGAAGCGGACAAGGUCCGGCUGUCCUACCUGCACAUCAUGAGUCUUGCCUGCAUCUACACUCGCAAGGGCGUCUUCUUCGCCGGAGGUGCUCCUCUGGGGGCCCCCACAGGGCUUCUCUCAACUCAAGAGCUUGAAGACAUAGUGGCCGCGCUACCUGGCUUUCUGCUUGUAUUCACAGCCGAGGGGAAGCUGCUAUAUCUGUCUGAGAGUGUGAGCGAGCACCUGGGCCACUCCAUGGUGGACCUGGUUGCCCAGGGUGACAGCAUCUACGACAUCAUUGACCCAGCUGACCACCUAACUGUGCGACAGCAACUCGCCCUGCCCUCUGCCCUAGACACCGAUCGCCUCUUCCGCUGUCGCUUCAACACCUCCAAGUCGCUUAGGCGCCAGAGUGCAGGCAACAAACUGGUGCUUAUUCGAGGCCGAUUCCAUGCUCAUCCACCUGGAGCCUACUGGGCAGGAAACCCUGUGUUCACAGCCUUCUGUGCUCCACUGGAGCCGAGACCCCGCCCUGGUCCUGGCCCUGGCCCUGCUUCACUCUUCUUAGCCAUGUUCCAGAGCCGUCAUGCUAAGGACAUGGCCCUACUGGACAUCUCUGAGAGUGUCCUAAUCUACCUGGGCUUUGAGCGCAGUGAACUGCUCUGUAAAUCAUGGUAUGGACUGCUGCACCCUGAGGACCUGGGCCACGCUUCUGUUCAACACUACCGCCUGUUGGCUGAGAGUGGAGAUAUUCAGGCAGAGAUGGUAGUGAGACUGCAGGCCAAGCCUGGAGGCUGGGCAUGGAUUUAUUGCCUGUUAUACUCAGAAGGUCCAGAUGGCCCCAUUACUGCCAAUAACUACCCAAUCAGUAAUACAGAGGCCUGGAGCCUCCGCCAGCAGCUGAACUCUGAAGACACUCAGGCAACCUAUGUCCUGGGUACCCCAACCAUACUGCCCUCAUUCCCUGAGAACAUCCUUUCCCAGGAGCAGGGCUCCAGCCGUAACCCACUCUUUACCCCAGCCCUGGGGGCUCCCAGAAGCACCAGUUUCCCCACUGCUCCUGAGAUGGGUGCUGUCUCAACAUCAGAAGAGCUUCCCCGACCUCCCAAAGAGCUGGGCUUCAGUUACCUGACAUUUCCACCUCGCUCUGAGCCUUCUCUUCAAGCCGACCUGAGCAAGGAUCUUGUGUGCACCCCACCCUAUACACCACACCAGCCAGGAGGCUGUGCCUUCCUCUUCAGCCUCCACGAGCCCUUCCAAGCCCACUUGUCCACUCCAUCCAGCUCUCUCCAAGGACAGCUGACUCCAAGCACCAUGACCUUCUCUGAUCAAUUGACACCCAGUAGUGCAACCUUCUCAGAUCCACUGACUAGCCCACUACAAGGCCAGCUGACUGAAACUUCAGCCAGAAGCUAUGAAGAUCAGUUGACUCCCUGCACCUCCAACUUCUCAGACCAGCUGCUUCCCAGCACUGCUGCCUUCCCUGAGCCUCUGGGCAGCCCUGCCCAUGAGCAGCUGACUCCUCCCAGCACAGCAUUCCAAGCACAUCUGAACAGCCCCAGCCAAACUUUCCCAGAACAACUGAGUCCCAAUCCCACCAAGACUUACUUCGCCCAGGAGGGAUGCAGUUUUCUCUAUGAGAAGUUGCCUCCAAGUCCCAGCAGCCCUGGUAAUGGGGACUGCACACUCCUGGCCCUAGCCCAGCUCCGGGGCUCCCUCUCUGUGGACCUCCCCUUGGUGCCCGAAGGCCUGCUUACACCUGAGGCCUCUCCAGUCAAACAGAGUUUCUUCCACUACUCCGAGAAAGAGCAGAAUGAGAUAGACCGUCUCAUCCAGCAGAUCAGCCAGUUGGCUCAGGGCAUGGACAGGCCCUUUUCGGCUGAUGCUUGCACAGGUGGGCUGGAGCCACUUGGGGGGCUGGAGCCCCUGGACUCCAACCUGUCCCUGUCUGGCCCUCCUGUGCUCAGCCUGGACCUGAAACCCUGGAAAUGCCAGGAGCUGGACUUCCUGGCGGACCCUGAUAACAUAUUCCUGGAAGAGGUGCCCGUGGAAGACAUCUUCAUGGAUCUCUCUACCCCAGACCCCAAUGGGGAAUGGAGUUCAGAGGGUCCUGAGGCAGCGGUCCCAGGAGGGGCCCUGUCGCCUUGCAACAACCUGUCCCCAGAAGACCACAGCUUCCUGGAGGACCUGGCCACAUAUGAAACCGCCUUUGAGACAGGUGUCUCAGCAUUCCCCUACGAUGGGUUUACUGAUGAGUUGCAUCAACUCCAGAGCCAAGUUCAAGACAGCUUCCAUGAAGAUGGAAGUGGAGGGGAACCAACGUUUUGAAUAAGUCUGUGACUUAACGU